CGCAGACCAGAAUCGGAUGAAUCGCAAAGAAACAAGCGUGUCAAGACCGCCACGGACCCAGCCCAGAACCCAUACCUUGCUCACUACUACGACGACUCAAACUCGAACGGAUACUCAAACGGCGGCGGUAAAGGAAGCUCUAUUCUCUCUACUUUCACUCAGCAUGAGACAACCUCUAAACAGGCUCGCCAAGCCGAAGAUGGACCAAUAAAUGCCUUUACUGGAGAGCAAUUAUCAAAGGAAUAUAUGAACAUUCUGCAUACGAGAAGGAAUCUCCCGGUCCACCAGCAACGAGAUGAGUUUCUAGCCCUCUAUCAGAAAUCACAGAUUUUAGUCUUCGUUGGUGAGACAGGUUCUGGAAAGACGACGCAGAUUCCACAGUUUGUCCUCUUUGAUGACCUACCACAAUCGAAUGCGAAGAUGGUCGCAUGUACGCAGCCUCGUCGUGUUGCUGCCAUGUCCGUCGCACAACGUGUGGCUCAAGAAAUGGAUGUUCCUCUCGGCGAGGAAGUCGGUUACAGUAUUCGUUUCGAAGACAAAACCUCAGCCAAAACAAUACUCAAGUACAUGACAGACGGAAUGUUGUUGCGCGAAGCCAUGAACGAUCAUAAUCUUACGCGAUACAGUACCAUCAUCUUGGAUGAGGCUCACGAACGUACUCUAGCAACAGAUAUCUUGAUGGGUCUCUUGAAAGAAGUAGUACUCCGAAGACCAGAUUUGAAACUCAUCAUCAUGUCCGCAACUCUCGAUGCCACGAAAUUCCAAAAGUACUUCCAUGGCGCGCCACUUCUCGCUGUUCCAGGUCGCACGCAUCCUGUUGAGAUAUUCUACACCCCAGAGCCGGAGCGAGAUUAUGUAGAAGCUGCUAUUCGGACUGUCUUGCAGAUUCACGCUACUGAGCCGGACGGGGAUAUCCUGCUUUUUCUGACUGGAGAAGAGGAAAUUGAGGAUACAUGCAGGAAGAUUAGUCUAGAAGCAGACGAACUUGUACGUGAGGUAGACGCUGGUACCAUGAAGGUUUAUCCCCUUUAUGGUACUUUGCCACCUCAGCAACAACAAAGAAUAUUCGACCCGGCUCCUGGACCGCGCAAACCUGGGGGCAAGAACGGGCGAAAGGUCAUUGUGUCGACCAACAUCGCUGAGACAUCCCUUACUAUUGACGGUAUCGUCUACGUCGUUGAUCCCGGAUUCAGUAAGCAGAAAGUCUACAACCCCAGGGCCCGUGUCGAGUCGCUCUUGGUCUCCCCAAUUUCUAAAGCUUCUGCUCAGCAGAGAGCAGGUCGUGCGGGUCGUACGCGACCGGGUAAAUGCUUCAGACUAUACACUGAGGAUGCAUUUAAGAAAGAGCUCAUUGAACAGACCUACCCUGAGGUCUUAAGGUCCAAUCUGUCCGCCACGGUGUUGGAAUUAAAAAAGCUCGGUGUCGAGGACCUCGUACAUUUCGAUCUAAUGGAUCCGCCGGCUCCUGAAACACUCAUGCGCGCCCUGGAGGAACUCAACUAUCUCGCUUGUCUUGACGAUGAGGGCGAACUUACCCAUUUAGGGCGUCUUGCUUCUGAAUUUCCCCUUGACCCGGCUCUCGCCGUCAUGCUCAUCAGCUCCCCCGAAUUCUACUGCUCAAACGAGAUCCUCUCCCUGACAUCUCUCCUCUCUGUCCCACAGGUCUUUGUGCGCCCAGCCAGCGCUCGCCAAGCAGCCGACGCCAUGAAGGACAUGUUCGCGCAUCCAGAUGGCGACCACCUCACCAUGCUUAACGUAUACCACGCGUUCAAGGGUGACGAGGCGCAACACAACCCCAAACAAUGGUGUCAUGACCACUAUCUAUCCUUCCGUGCGUUGCAGCAGGCUGACAACGUGCGUUUGCAGCUCAAGCGUAUAAUGGAACGCGAGGAGCUUGAGCUUGUGUCCACACCGUUUGAGGACAAAAGUUACUACGAGAACAUCCGCAAGGCGCUGGUAUCUGGUUUUUUCAUGCAAGUCGCAAAGAAGGACGGCACGGGCAAAACGUACAUGACUAUCAAGGAUAAUCAAGCCGUCAUUUUACAUCCCAGCACCGUGUUGAGCCAGGAUGCGGAGUGGGUAAUAUACAAUGAGUUUGUCCUUACAACAAAGCAGUUUAUCAGGACAGUCACUGCUGUCAAGGGCGAGUGGCUUCUCGAUAUUGCACCCAACUAUUACGAUAUUGAGCAGUUCAAGAAAGGUGAAGCGAGGACCGCCUUACAGCGUAUCCAGGACAAGAUGAAGAGGAGAGACGCCAUGCACAAGUCCAAGGGCGGCAGAGCUUGAGGCGCACUACUGUAGGUAAAUACUGUAUAGAUACUUGAUUGGGCGUCACCUCUGGUCUCCGACUAGAUUUGCAGACUUAUAUAGAAAGCAAGGCACGACUCAUGGGUCCACUGUCGUAACGCAGGAUCAUCUUUUUGUCGAGUUCGAAUACCAUGUGAUGAAAUCUGACCUGAGUAGUAUAUAAUCAUAGUAAUUCGCCGAAUACAUGUGAG